CUCCCCGCAACAGUUCCGGGUCAAAACUCGACUGACGUGCAGGGCAGCGUUGUUCCCGAAAUCCACGAUUUGAGAGGGCAAAAUGGACGAUAAUGCCGCUUUCGAUUCAUCGCCAUCGGAUAACAAGGCGACGUACGUCCUGAGCAACGUUGUGGAGGUCGUCGAGCGAAUUCUUACUUUUGUUCCGACCAAAUCUCUGCUACGAAUCGCAAGUGUGUGUAGGCUAUGGAGCAAUUGUGCCCGACGAGUGCUCAGAACUCAACAGCAGUUGACAUGGGUUUCGGCCUGUGGUCCCUCCAGCACGGAGGUUCAUGCCCUCUGCAACACCCUGGCUGAAGAGGUGGAGAAAGUAUUUCUCCUGCCCAAAACGGUCUUAGUGAUGAUGGACUGCGAGGCCUUCAAGCUUCCAGGUUACUGCUACAGACAGAAAAAAUCAAAGAGGAGCCGUCACAGCCCAGUUGAAAAGCUCAUCCAAGUCUUCCCGAAAAAUUGUGACAUCAUCGGCAUUGCUAGUCCAGGAAUUGUCUUAACCCCGACUGGUUCUCCCUCCAGACCUCCCGAGGAGCAUCAGGAAGGAGAGGCCGGAUUUGCUCUCAUGUUUCCAAGCAUGGAGGGCGUCCACAUCAGGCCUUUUCAUUUCUGCCAAAAGUCCCUCUCACCAAGCACUCUAAAAGAAGCAGGACUCAUCGACAACCCCGAGUUAAGGGUGGUCCUCCUGUUUGUCUAUGAUGCGUACAAAUCUGGAGGAGCGCGUUUCCUUGGCCAAAUCCUGGAGCCUCUGGCCAAGAGCAAAGCUCUCAUCGCAGGGGGACUUGUAGAAAGCGUCUUUCCCACCAGCCUCUGUUGUAGCCGGGGUGCUUACGGCGUGGUGGGCCUGGCACUCAGCGGCCCCAAAGUGCAGGGCGCCUCGGUGCUCUUGGACCAGGACGUCAGCAACCCCAAAGCGGCCGAAGCCACCAUCCGCAGGCUGAAAGCCGCCAAAAUCCCCGAGAGGAACACCCUGGGCUUCAUGUUUGCGUGCGUGGGCCGAGGGCAGAAUUACUACAAUAACCAGAGCAACGUGGAGGCCGACGCCUUCCAAAAGGUCUUCCCUGGAGUUCCGCUGUUCGGCCUUUUCGGCAACGGUGAGAUCGGCUGCGACCGCAUCGUCAAAGAUGACUACACGCUGUGCGACACCGACACAGACGGUCUGCAGCACGAGUACACCACGGUCAUGACGCUGGUCCAUUUGGGUUGAUUGAUUAAAAACGAACAAUUGAGCUGGAAAGCAUUGCCGUUGACCCUUCAGCUGUCAUUUUAAUGGCAACUGCCGGGACUCCAUUGCUUCCCUCUUAACAGUUACAAUAGCUUAACAUUGAUCAUCUCUUAUCGUAUCCUUCCGCGAUGUAGCACUCUUGUAAAACAUGUAAAUAUUUUGCUUAAACUUUUGCAAACAUUUCAGUCAGAUUUUGGGUCGCCUUACAGGGUUUUUGCUUUAAGAAAAAAGAAAAAAAAGAACCUUGAGCUAUUGUUGAGUUUUAGAGUUGUAGUUUCUUAUCUAGCAAAGGCACUUUUUCUUCCUGUAAUGAGGAGACGUCACUUUCCUUUCGCAAUGCCAAGGCAGUUUUGAUACACCGUGUGAACAAAACUAUUCGGACCUCUGCCCAUUACACUUACAGGUAUAUCGUGUACCGGCAUCCCGAAGAGCUCUUGUGUGAACUGAGGCUCUUUCACACUGCUGAUUAAAAAAAGGCCAACUUUAGUCUUUUUCCUUGCCACUCCCAUUCAUACUGGGUGGCAACAAAGUUAACUUUGCAAAUUUCCCUUUCUUGGGGAGCAACAGAGUUGGUUGGGAUCUGUGUUUAAAGGAAUUCUGCAGUGUCAGUACCAGGGAGGUGAAGUUUGAUUUUUCUGUGAAACUUGCUCUCCCACUGUGUCUCCCCGCAAAUAUCUCACAUGGGGUGAAGAGCUCGAGGUAAGUUCCUGGUAAAUGCCUGAUCUAUUGUUUUAAUGACUCUGAUGCGGGGGGAAGCAACUGUGCACAUGGCUAAUAAUCUUUUGUAUUUCUUAAGGCAUUUCAUAAGCCUCGGCUUCUUCCAUACCAAAAACCCUUCCUUCCUUACAGUGUUCACAUGAGGCAACACCUUUCGUUGUUGUGUUUUGUGGACAGCUCUAUCUGGUACAGCAUUUUAAGUUUUUUUUUCUCCAUCCUAAGGGGAGAUUGGAGACGGACAAAAUAGUAGGCAUAAAUGGCCCCCAAAUAAGCAACUGUUUUGGUACUGCCAGAGUGUUGUAAUGCCAGUAAAACUUUCCAAGGUUCAACAGGCUUCCUUGUGUAGUACGCUGACGUUUGCUGUGAUCCUUAUGUGGUGAAAGUGCAAUUUCCACAAGUAUGUAUGAUGCAUUGUCACCUAAAUAUUGAUAUUAGCUGCUGCUGUCUUUUGAAGAGUUCCAAUAUUUUUGCUCAAGUAUACUGUAACAACCCUUCUUUAACCCACCAGAUGCUCCCAUUAGGUAUCUGUUGAGAUUUAGUGCAAGAGCUGUAACGACCUGUUAACCGGGUGGGCAAUCGGUUGCCUGCCACGCAAUUCUAAAAUAAGUAAAACAACACAGGGACUUUAUGAGAAGCCCGCAAAUGCUCAAGCUGUGCCAAGCACUAGUCUCAACAGAUGACCCGUGAGUACAGUUUCCUUGGGG